AUGCUGGAGGCUCUUUUCGCGCUGCUGCUGUUUCUGCUGCUGUGCUACCUCGGCAUCCUCUUCGGACGCCUAGUGUUCGUGUACACCAUUGAGCGACGCACCACGCAGUUUUGUUUUGUCGUCGUGUUUGCCCUUUCGACGCUCAUUUUCAGCCUUGCGCUGCUGGGUGCCUCAAAGCUCGGGGGCCUCAUCUUCUCCGCGCGCUUCAGCACCCGCGCCCUCCGCCUCGCCCUUGUGGCCGACCUCGUCGCCGUCGCGGUGCUGUGUCCGCUCUGCAUCGCCCGGCUGCUGCUGCACGGCCUGCAUUUUCGUCGCUGCUACGCGCUGCUGAUCGGCGGCAGCCUACUUUUGCUCUUUCUCAGGGCCUGGGCGCUCCCGCUUGCGUGGCUCCAGCGCCUCUCCGGCCCCUGCCUCUCGUGGGCGGCGGCGGCGGCGCUAUGGGACGCCGCCGCCGCGGUGGUUGCGGUGCUCGGCGUCCUCGCGGUGGCGGCCCUCUCCGGCUACGCCGCCGUUACGACGCCCGCCGCGUUCCUGCGGCCGUUUGUGGUGAAGGACAGCGGGGAGCGGGCGCGGGUGGCGCUGGGCGUGCUGGCAAAGCGGCAGCGUCACCUGCUCUCGCUGUGGGUGGCGAAGCAGCGGCAGAUCGCGGAGGUGCGGCGUGGGGCGCCGGCGGCGUCGCCCGGCGCUGACACGGGGGCGCGGGUGUGGCGUUGGGUGGCAAAGUCGCUCCGCUCCACCGUCCGCGGGGGGGCGCGGGGCGAGAAGGGCGACGACGACGUUGCCCGACUGACGGCGGAGAAGGACGGCAUCCAGGCGGUCAGCACGGCGGUUUUCCUGCAGAUGAGUGAGAUCGGCUCGCUGGUGCGCUCGGCGGAGAGUGGGGCGACGUGGCGCGGGCUGGUCGACGCGCUGCUGGGCCUCCUGCUGCUCCUGCACGCCUGCCUGAAGCUCCUCUUCACCGCCAUCAGCCUGCUGCGGUGGUUUUUCUUCUCCGACGCGCCGGCGCCGCCGGUGCCGGAGGACGCGGCCACCCGCGUGGUGCGGUUUCUGGAGACCUACGGCCUCGCGACCUCGCAGGGCGGUGAGGGGGAGCAGCGCAUCGUGUGGGUGUCACUUUCCCUCAACGCAUGGAUGAUUGUGACCUCGAUCCGCGGCCUGCUCUUGACCGUCUUCCGGCUGGUGACGACGUACACAACGUUUCUUAGCGUGGACACGACCGUGCUCGGGCUGACGGUGGGCAUGGGCGCAUAUUUUGUCGGGCAGCUGCUGCUCCUGCGCCUGUCCCCGCGGCUGGAGGGUGCCAGCGUGCUCUCCACCGUGCUCGCGGAGCAGCUGCCACGGAGCGACAUGUAUUGCCACCUCAACGACCUCGUCUUUGUCCUCACAAGCGUUUGCACGCUGCUGGCGCAGCAAUGCAUGGUGCCGCCGCAAACAGCCACGCUGCACUCCCUCGCGGAGUAG